AUAGAGAAUAAAGAGUGCUCCAAACUGUCUUAUUGGUGCAAAGGUUUCAGUGAUGAACAAGGUUUCAAUGACAACCAAAAUUUUGAUAAUCGACAGGAUUCUAGCAAUAAACAAGAUUCUGAUACUUCAGAUGAAGAUAUUCAAGACCCAGAAAAUCCAUCUACG